ACAUUUAACUGUGAAGUUUGCAGCGGGAGAGGCUUUCCUUCAAGCUGUUAGUGUUUUAUCCUGGCAGGCUCCUCGAGGUUGUUGUGAGGAGUCUAGCCAGUUGGUGAGCUUUGUAAUCUAAACCAGCUGUCCCAGGCUGAGGCCCCCAUUUGCAUUGUUUAACAUACUUAGAAAAUGAAGUGUUCAUUUUUAACAUUCCUCCUCCAAUUGGUUUAAUGCUGAAUUACAGAAGAGAACUAAGCAAAACCAGGUGCUUUCUCUGUAUUCUCUCCAGUGUCUGAGGAGGUACAGACGGCUCCUGAUCUUCUCCAUUACUUGCUAUUUCAUUCUUUGGACUAUAAAUGACUGAGGAACUGAAGUGCUAGCAGAGGGUAAUGUUUGGAAAAACUUUCUAGUUAUUCAUCAGCACAGACUCUGGUUUUUUUCCACCUUUCCCCAACGGUUUUGGACAUGCAAGGAUUAAAAAGGAUACUGACUGCUUUCACACUGGCCGUCUGCCUUUCAAGACCUGGAAAAGCACAGCAACAAUGCACUAAUGGGUUUGACCUGGACCGUGCCUCUGGGCAGUGCUUAGAUAUUGAUGAAUGUCGGACUAUUCCUGAGGCCUGCAGAGGAGAUAUGGUGUGUGUCAACCAGAAUGGUGGCUAUUUAUGCGUACCCCGAACAAACCCAGUGUAUCGGUCACCAUAUCUGAAUCCUUAUUCAAAUAUUUAUCCACCGCCCCCAGCACCAGGCCCUGUUCCUAACUACCCUACUGUUACAAGACCUCUGAUCUGUCGAUUUGGUUACCAGUUGGAUGAAAACAAUCAGUGUGCUGAUGUGGAUGAAUGCGCUUCAGAUUCUCACCAGUGUAACCCCACCCAGAUCUGCAUAAAUACUGAGGGGGGCUAUACCUGUUCCUGCACUGAAGGCUACUGGCUGUUAGAAGGCCAGUGUUUAGAUAUAGAUGAAUGUCGCUACGGCUACUGCCAGCAGCUGUGUGCCAAUGUGCCCGGUUCCUACUCCUGUACGUGCAACCCAGGCUUUACCCUUAAUGAGGAUGGAAGAUCAUGCCAAGAUGUGAAUGAAUGUACAAGCGAAAACCCUUGCACUCAGACCUGCGUCAAUACCUACGGCUCUUUUCUCUGCCGCUGUGAACCUGGCUAUGAACUGGAAGCUGAUGGAGUUAACUGCAGUGACAUGGACGAAUGCAGCUUCUCAGAGUUCCUCUGCCAGCACGAAUGUGUGAACGGGCCUGGUUCUUACUACUGUAUCUGUCCUUCGGGCUAUAACUUGCUUGACGAUAGCAGAAGCUGCCAAGAUAUCAAUGAAUGUGAAAACAGAAACUUCACCUGCACUCCGCAGCAAACGUGUUUCAAUAUCCCAGGAGAAUAUAAAUGUUUAGACCCAGUAAGAUGCGAGGAUCCUUAUAUCCAGAUUAAUGAGAACCGCUGCAUGUGUCCAGCUGAAAACGCCGGUUGCAGAGAUCAGCCAUUCACCAUCUUGUACAGAGUGAUGGAUAUGGUGUCCGGGCGGUCUGUGCCUUCUGACAUUUUUCAGAUGCAAGCAACAACUCGCUACCCCGGAGCCUAUUAUAUCUUCCAAAUCAAAUCAGGGAACGAGGGCAGGGAAUUCUACAUGCGGCAAACAGGACCGAUCAGUGCUACUCUGGUGAUGACCCGCCCCGUGAAGGGGCCCCGUACUAUUCAGUUGGACUUGGAAAUGAUCACUGUUAACACCGUCAUUAACUUCAGAGGAAGCUCUGUCAUCCGGCUGAGGAUAUAUGUAUCACAGUACUCCUUCUAAACCUUGAGUUUGUGCCCUGGAAACAUUAAAACAAAAGAGACGGUUCCUCCUCUGCAGAACUCUCUCCUCAGAAGCCAGUACGUAUAGCAGCUCUAAACCAAACCAGUAUUUCCACAGACCCGGUGACCUAUGCCUGUCUGAGGAGGGAGGUCUCUUCAUGCACAGUCCCUACCAGGAUGCAGACUUCUGAAGAUGUAUCGUCAGCAGAUCCCAUAUGAUUCUGUAUGUGGUCAUAUAUUUUAAGGACUCUUCUUCCCAUUGUAAACACUUCUAGGGUAUGAGUCUAUGUUUGAAAGACUGUGAACCUUUGUAGCUCCAAGGCUGCUUAGCAAAAAGCACCAAAGAAACUGAGGAAAAAGCUGGCUUUUGCAAUCUUGCCUUCUUUUUCAUUAUAAAUGGAAAGCAGACAAACAAGCAGAAACAGAAACAAAAAGCCACCUAUUGAAACAAGGGAUCUCAGAAGUGCUAACUUACAUUCUGAAUUAUCUCUGGAAUUAUCAGUCAGGCACUUUGUCUCAAUUCACCCUGCAUUUGUCUUAGUUUCACCUGUUUUUUCUUUGAUUCUAUUUUAUAGUUAAAAUUCAUUGUAAAUUCAUUCCAAAAAUACAUGUUGUAGUAUGUAAUCUUCUACUUUCUAACAAAGUGUCACAUGUUUGGGUUCCUUCCUGUAUUAAAUCUUUCUAUAUAACAGAGUUCAUAGAAAUCUAUCACUGGUUGGUAUGUUUUACAAUGUUUAGGGUGUUACACUUAUUUACACCCAGACUCUUUGACACAGGCCUCCACUGCUAGAAUAGCGUCCAGGGACUUUAGAGCAGAUGAGAAUCAGAACUUUAUUUUUCCCUGUUUUCCUGAGUGUGGUAGUUGCAAACAAUUUGUAAUGGUUAUAAGGCAGUGAUACUAACUGUAAUUAAGGCUGCAACUAAUCUCCUGUUCAAGGACUGCUCAGCUCAGACCCGUCCAAAUUCCUUCAGAAAAAUUGUUCUGUUCACGUGCAGUCUCUCUCCUACAUUCCUAAUAUUGGGGAAAAUAAGCUGAAAGUACUUGGACCAGUCUUACUGUUCAUGCCUCUGCCACAAAGCAGACACCACUAUACCAGUACCCAGACCUCAAAUGAUGGGAUCCCACAGUUUCCGUAGGCAAUGUCUUCUCAGGUAUAACUGCUGUAACCAAUAGAAAGUUUCUCCUAAAGUCUAAUCUGAAUCUCCGCUAUUGUAAUUUAAAUCCAUUGCUUUUUAGCCUACUUCCAGUAGAAAUAGAGAACAGUUUAUCUUCCCCUUUGCAGCAGUCUUUAACAUGUCUGAAGACUGUUGUCACGUCUCCCCUCAGACUGUUUCUCUCUAGUCUAAACAAACCCAAUUCUUUUGGUCUUUCCUCAUACAUCACAUUUUCUGGACCUUUGAUCAUUCUUGUUGCUCUCGUCUGGAUUCUCUCCAGUUGGUUCACGUCUUUCUUGAAGUGCAGUGCCCAAAACUGUGAAAAGUAUUCCAGCGGAGGCCUCACAGUGCUACGCUAAAUCUAUAUAUAUGUUUAGGAGUCUGAAAAAAAAAUAAAAAUCAUUGUAGAGUUUGGAAGUAUAAUGCUUACCUUGUUGAAGCCACUGGCAGUUUGGUCUUUUAUUUUAGUAGGGAUGAGGGUUCAUAUGCCUUGUUCUUAAAUUUCUCUGAAACAAGCUCUUUUGCUUCUGCCCCCUGCUUUUUCCUUAUUGGCUCAUUUGCUCUCCGGCAUCACUAGGGCAGGAAAGAUAACCUUUGCUUCAUCUUUUUGAGGACUGGAAGUGCUUAAUGCUACUUGGGAAAAGGAGUUUAUGAAGAUUAUAAUGCGAGCAGGCUGAAGCAGAGUAGAAGCAUUACGUGAGGUCUUCAUUAAAGUGGAGUAUUAAAUGGGAGAAUACAGACUCAGAAAGUUAUCACAACACAGACCACAUGACACAAUCAGAAAAUUGACUUUCUUGUUCCUAAUAAGCUUUGUGAAUUAGUCUGGAGUUGUUCUUCCUUAGCUUUAGUAGAGACUCUGCUCUUUUUACUUGUAUUCAGCUUGAAGGAAGCCCUGAUGCAAUGGCUCACAGCCACAAAAUGCUGAGUUGAGUGUGCUUCAGCAGCUUCCAUUUCUUAAUGGUUUAAAGUUUUCUCCGUGCUGCUACAACAUCCUGGGAUCCUGUGGCUCAGAGCUCUGUACACAGGCUGUCCUUUUUGUAAAAACAAAAAGCCUGAAGCCUGACUCCAGGGUUUAGUGGGCCAAGCUGAGGGCAGGAAGCCAAUGAGUUUUGUGAGUAGCUGACUUGGAGGAGAUAAAUGUAGAGGAAAUGUGCAGAGAAAUAUUAGAAACAAGAAUGUGUUUCCUGAGUGUAUCAUGGCUCAUCGUAUACCAUAGUCUUGGAGGGGAAAAUAGAGAUGACCAGGAAGGAGGAAUGCUAGUUUAUAACCAUGGGUCUAAAAGUGCUCAUGUGUCCCAGAUGAUGGAAGUGAGAUGUGGGAAACAAGCAGGCUCUGGUGGCCCAGAGAGCAGACAAGGGGCAGGCAAGGUCUUGCAUUAAAGACGUUAAACUCUUAACAUGCUGGAAGUUUUCCCAGUGCUUAAAAGCCCCCUUUUCCCCCUUUUGUGCCCAUAUGUUAUGGCUUCUUCAUGCCCAAUUGAGGAGACCUCUCUCUUCCUGCCAUCACAUCACCUUCUGGAGAGGAAGUGCACCCUGUUAGACAUCAGACAGUUUCUCACUUCUGGGCUGUUCUCCCAUGGCCCCCACAUACCAACCUGAUUUAACCCUAAUUUAGAAACAUCAAAACCCAGAGGAAUUCCAUAACAAAACACUUUGUUAAAAGAGUAAGGCUUGAAUGCUUGGUUUUAGCAGGGUCCAGCAAAUACUCAUAAAACAAUAUUACACUUUCUAUAUAAACAUUCUGCGCCUUAAAAAAAAAGUGAAAAGUCUGGAAACAAAGGAAUUCAGGCACUUAUCCACCGCCAUAACAUCUUUCAUCACUCACUAUCACUCCAGCCAACUUUAACUUUGCCAAAAUAUAUGCCAAUUUCAAAA